AUGUUGAAAGUAGGUGUUAUUCUUUUUCUUGCGCUGUCGACAACAGUUAACAGCCAAUGCUUUUCCAAAGACGACGCAGACAAGAAACUAAAUUCCGGAGCUCGGACAAACUUGUAUAGAAGUCAAUUGGAAUUCACAUUAAAUCUCUUCAACACAAUAAAUAAUGCUGUUCCCGAUGACAACAUAUUUUUCUCACCAUUUUCGGUGUACCACGCGUUACUACUCGCAUACUUCGCCGCGGGCGGACAAACGGAGAAAUCGCUAAAGGAAUCGUUGCGAAUUUCGGAUGAACAGGACAAAAUAAACUUGUUGAUGGCGUACAAGGUGGACAAGCGAGAGCGCGAGUUCAACAACAACAGCGACAGCUACGAGUUCACGAACGCUAACAAGAUGUUCGUGGACAAUGAGUUGCACUUGCGUCAGUGUCUCCUUGACCUUCUUGCCGCAGAAGUGGACGUUCUGAAUUUCCAUGAAAAGCCUGGAGAAUCUCGCGACGAAAUCAAUAACUGGGUAUCUCGUGUCACAAAAAAUAAUAUUAAGGAUUUAAUUCCAGCAGAUGGCAUUAGUCAGACUACAAAAUUAGUUUUGGCUAAUGCUGCAUACUUCAAAGGAGUAUGGGCUUCAAAAUUCCCAGUGGAGAGGACAAAAAAGCAACCUUUUUAUGUAUCCGAAUCUCGCCAGACAUUUGUGCCUUUCAUGCGACAGAAGGGGACAUUUCAUUAUAUGAUAAGCGAAGAGUUGGGUGCGCAAAUUUUAGAGCUACCGUACAAGGGCCAUGACAUCAGCAUGUACAUAUUACUACCUCCCUAUUCUUUAAAAGAAGGGUUAUCAAAUAUUAUUUCCAAGUUAACUCCUGAGCGCCUUGCUGCUGUGGUGGAAGAAACAUACAUGGGCCGCGAAGUGGUGGUCGAAAUACCUAAAUUUACAGUAGAGAGGAGCCUUCCUCUUAGAUCGAUCUUAGAUAUCAUUGGUGUUGGGGACUUGUUCAAUGCUUCAUCUGAUUUUAGCACUCUUUCAAAUGACCCUGGUAUAUUAUUUGAUGACGCCGUACACAAAGCAAAAAUACAGGUCGAUGAGGAAGGUACUGUAGCAGCGGCUGCGACCGCGAUAUUUGGUUUCCGUUCCUCCCGCCCCGCUGAACCUAGUGUGUUUAUUGCCAACUUCCCCUUCGUCUACAUCGUAUAUGAGCGUCCCACAAACUCUGUUCUUUUCAUGGGAGUUUAUAGAGAUCCUAAGAAG